CUAACUGCUGUUAACUCUGUUUUUCCAUUUCAUAAUUGCACGACUUUUGAUCCUUCACCAAAGCCUGACGAAUCCCUAAACCCUUGAAAACUAAAACCGGCGACCUUCUUGAAUUCCUGAUGCGAAUCCUGCUUCCGUGGUUCAGAUUGCCAGAGCAGCUUUGGUCCUUCCUUUUCAUCUAUGUUUGCUGCUUUGGAAUUUCCAAUUUUGUCGGUUCUUUUCUAUAUCUACAAGGUGGUUCUGCUCUACUGGGUGAUUGGGAAAGGGUUUAGUAUGGCUUUUUUUAUGCAUGUAGAUCUUGUCUGACUUCAUUCUUCUCUAGUUUGCUCGAAGUUGUCUGCUCCGUUGCAGCUCAGAGUAAGUAAUGCCUAGAGAGCUUGAUCCAUUUCGGAGGCAUGUGGAGGUUGUGGGGAACAAGUGGAAGUGCAGGUUUUGUGGCAAGGAUUUUGGUGGAAGUGCUACGAGGAUCAGGGCACACCUAGCUGGGUUUCCAGGCUACGGUAUUCAACCAUGCGAGAGAGUUGAUGAUCAUGUGAGAUCACAAGCUUCAAAGGCGAUGAAAGGUAAAAGUGUGGCGGACGCAACCAACAGGGGAGGCCCAUCUAUUGAGUUAAUGGGACAAGGAAGUGUCGGUACGGGCCUAAUUGCAGUCCUUGGUAGUGACCAUGCUUCGAAUCCCCAUGACAUGCAGAACUCUAAUCACAACUUGCCACAGCAACCAUCUUGCCAUUGGCAAAAUGGAAAUGUUGCUGGUGCGGCUUCAGUAGACUGUCAGUAUCAAGAGUCUUUGUGUCUGGCUGAUGGGCCCGUGGGUGAUCUGAGUGAUGAAAAUGGAAAUGGGACCACUUCAUCUCUCCAGCAACCUUCAACCGAUCCGCCGGCUUUGAUUUUUCUCGAUCCAAGUCAACUACCGGAGCUUUUUGAUCAGUUUAUUGAUCUCGAGACGAGGUAUGAACAACAGAAUAGUAGAGGGCCAUCACCAUUGCAAAAUCGUCGAUCCCUUAACAACAGUGUGACAAAUGGGUUGCAUCAGUUAACUAGACCUGGUGUUGCGGCCCCUGGACCCCGUCCCAGUGACAUAAGUACAAUUGGCACUCCCCAGCAUCCCGAUCAAACACAUUCCCGCUUCAAUGAACAAUGGAGAGGUGAAAGUGCUUCGUGUCCGCAAAUAUAUUCAGCAGAGUGGAUGUCUUAUCUUCUUGAUAUGCCCUAUCAGCCACGGUAUUCAAUUCCAUCUUGUUAUUCCGAGGGAAUGCAAAUGAGUGACCUGCAGAAUCAAACGUUUCAAUCAUCAUCAGAAACUGAUCAAUCCCUUCAUGUGGGCACUUCAAAUUGUUUGCAAGAGUGCAAUCAAAUCCCUAUUGCCGAAGCAGUUCCCCUGUCCAACGCUGCAAGUGUAACCAAUGCCAUCCAUCAUUCUUGUCAACAGCCACUUCUUAUAUGUGAUGAAGAUUGUGGAAAUGAGACCGGUUCCUUUCCCUCUCAAACUUCAAUGGACAUAUCUCCGCCAAGUGCAUCACAGCCUUCCACUGACCCUCAUACUUUUGAGGAACUGGAUGUGGAUUUCCAAGUUCCAGAUGGUGGAACUGACACAGAAGGCCCAUUAUCAUCACAAGCUUCCAGGCACCUUCCAAGUCAAAGUCUUCCAGACCAACCUCUUAAUCUUGAGACAACGAACACAGAGCAUAACCCUAGAGUGUCAUCGUCAUCACUGAAUAACCAGUUCUUGAUUACAUGUUUCCCACAAGCUCCGAUGGACAUAGAUGCUAGUAGUCCAUCAUCAUCGGAAGCUAUAUGCAGAGGCGUGCCAAUCACCAGUCAUCCAAACACAGGCAACUUUGAAAAUAAUGGAGCUUUGAAAAGGAAGGUAGAACGACUCUACAAUAGAGAAGCUGACAUAAAGAACGAGUUAGAGUUUGCUGCAUCUCUAUCUCUGAAGAAGCAGAGAAUAGAAGUUGUGACUUGGUUGAUGAACGUGGAAAAGCUGAGGAAAAAUUUCCAAUGUCUUGAGCCAGCAAGCGCAGAAAAUUUGCCACCACAACAACAGGUGGAUAUGUUGAUGAAAGAAGCAGAAGACCUUAUCAUAAAAAGCAAAUUUCCGGAAGGGCUGUUUGAGGUGGGAGAUGGCAAAGUCAACAUGUUAUUAGAGCGAAAGUUGGAGGCAGGUAAGGCAUUUCAGAUAAAUACUAAGAAGAUCUUGCAGUGCCUAACAGAAAAUCACAUAUCACGAUUAGGCAUAUACGGUAUGGGCGGUGUUGGGAAAACAACCAUCAUGGUGCACGUACACAAUUGGCUCCUAAAAAAUACAAACCAUAUUAAUGUAUUGUGGAUUGCUGUCUCGCAAGAUCUCAACAUACAUAAGUUGCAAGGUGACAUUUGGAAGGCGCUAAAAGAAGGUGAUCUAGACGAAGAGGAUGCGAUGAAACGAGCUGCAAAGUUGUUUGAUAAAUUAAUUGAAAAAGGGAAGUCUGUACAGUUUGUACUUAUCCUCGACGAUGUUUGGGAACAUUUUGAUCUUGAUGAGGUGGGUAUCCCUGUUGAAGCUGAUGGACCUAAGUUGGUGUUAACAACUCGGUCCUUUGAAGUAUGCCGCCAGAUGCAUUGUCAGGAGAAGAUAAAAAUUGAACCUUUGUCUCCGAAUGAGGCACAAAGCUUAUUUUUGAAGGAACUUGGACCUGAAGAGGCUCUUAGUUUGGAAGUUGGAGCAGUUAUGAAGUUAAUUGUAGAAGAAUGUGCUGGCCUACCACUCGGAAUUGUCACGAUGGCAAGAACCAUGAGAGGAGUAAGUGAUCUGUUUGAAUGGAAGGAUAUCUUAGAGAGAUUGAAAGAAUCUAACAUGGGGCAAAUGGAUAUGGAAAAGAAGGUCUUAGCAAAUUUAAAAUUAAGUUACAAUCGCCUGAGUAAUCGUGAAGUCCAACAGUGUUUCUUAUGCUGUGCACUUUAUCCACAAGACCAACUAAUUCAUAAGUUUGAGCUGAUAGAAUUUUUCAUUGAUCAAGGAUUGAUUGGUGGAUUGGAUAAGAGGGAGAAACAAUAUGAUAGAGGUCUCACCAUACUGAACAAACUUGAAAAUGUUUGCUUGUUGGAAAAUGAUCGGGGUAUGGUCAAGAUGCAUGAUUUGAUCAGGGAUAUGGCUUUGCACGUGAUGAGCGUGACUUCCAUAGUUAAAGCUGGCAAGGGUUUGAAAAGGAUUCUGAGUGAGGAAUGCUGGAUGGAUGAUGUAGAGAAAGUUUCUUUCAUGAAGAAUGACAUUGGGGUUAUUCCAUCAAACAUGUCGCCAAAUUGUCCUAAACUGGCAACUUUGAUAUUCAAUGACAGCUUAUGGGGGGAUGUGCUGAUCCCUGAGUCUUUCUUCAAGCGAUUGAAGGGGUUGAAGGUUCUGAACCUGAGUGGAUGUGGGAUCAGAAAGCUUCCCAAUUCCAUCUCGGAUUUGGUAAACUUGAGGGCAUUGUUGUUUAGGGAGUGUCGGGAAUUGUGUCGUAUUCCUUAUUUAGGAAAGCUGAGUUCAUUGAGGAAGUUGGAUGUCCAUGGAUGUAGAUAUUUGAAAGCAGUGGAGGGCUUGGAAUUGUUGGUGAACUUGACAUACCUCGACUUAUCCAAAUCAGGUAUAGAAAGAUUAGUUGAAGGAACAUUGGCAGGUUUGGUAAACCUGCAAUAUCUAAAGCUUGGGGAAGUGAAUGGAGGAGGCGUGACAAAGUUAUGGGCAUUGGAGACUCUUGAUCUUUCUUUCCAGAAUGUCCUUGAUUUCAACAAAUACAUGAGAUUUCUCCAGCAGAGCGGCCCUCGUCACUAUUACCAACUUGUGGUGAAUCAUAAAAAAUCGUUGUGGUCUGCGUUCGUAUAUGUUGAUCCAAGAUUUGGGACAUCGGAGAGGAAAAUUGACAUUGAUUGUUGCGAUAAUGCUAUUGUCAGGGCGGGAGGGGAAAGUAAUGAGGAUUCUAUUUUGAUUGCGCAAGAUGUGCAGAGAUUGGUGGGGAGAAAAUGUGGAGGUAUGACAAAUUUGUCCAACAUCGGCCCACUUGAAAGCCUCAAGGUGCUAAUAAUGGAAGAAUGGGAAAACUUACAGACGCUCUGUGGAGGAGUAGAUGAAGUAACUGACAAUCCUGACUACCCUCUCCUAUUCCCUAGUCUUAAGAUGCUGACUGUCGAGAGAUGUCCAAAACUGAAGUAUCUCUUUGGGAAUCAUUCUAAAGUUACCCUUCCCCAUCUACGACAGAUUGUCAUAAAAAACUGUGAUGAAUUACAAGGGAUAACUGCAGCAGGAGCAGCAUUUGCUACGCCACUCCCUGCCUUCCCUAGCCUAGAAAAGAUUGUGAUAGAGCGCUGUGCCAACAUGAAGAGCGUGGUGGAAUCUGAGUUGCUCCCUCACCUUCCUAACCUGAGAGAGGUUACAGUGCAGCAUUGUGAGAAAAUGGAGGAGAUAAUAGGAAGGGCUCCCCAAACCAUACCACUAGGUGCCCUUUCUCUUCUUACCUCUCUUUGGAUAGAGCGAUGCCCCAGCCUGAGGAAGCUUCUUACUCAUGAAUUGCUCUGCCACCUCCCUAAUCUCCACGGUAUCGUAGUCCAUGACUGCAAAAGGAUGGAGGAGAUAAUAGGCCGUGAAGGGCAAUGGCAACAACUAGGAGAUGAAGUAUGCUGCCUAAACACCAGUAACACCCGUUCCUCCUUGCCAAAGUUAAAAUUCUUGAAUCUAAUUACACUACCAGAAUUGGGGAGCAUAUAUGAUGGGACGAUAAAUUGCGAUUCCAUCCAAUAUAUCAGAUUAUGGGAUUGUCCGAAGCUGAAGAGGAUUCCUCUGCAUCUGCCCAUACCAAAUAACGGCUUCCCUUCUCUUAGGGAGAUUAGUGUAGAUGAUGAUGCAAGUUGGGAGUCGCUGGAGUGGGGUCCUCCUCAUGUCAAGUCUAUGCUUCGACCCUUUGUCCAUUUUUAAUUCUUCAAGUAAUUCCAGCAUAACCCGUUUCAUGCAUAUUAUACUGAAGUUGAGUGUCCUCUUGGAACAACUACAAUGGAUCUCUGCAUAUGUUGGAUUCUUUUGUCUUCAUUGUGAUCUCAUUUUGCUUAACUUCUUCCUGAUGUCCAAGGUACUUCUGUUUUCUGCCAUUUAUAUCGGUCAUCACUGUCUCUGCUAUGUAUUUGUCAGCAAUACUCUUUUACUUUUAAACCCAACUUGACGAAUCAUUUCCCCAUCAAAAAGCUUUGCAUUUUCCACAAUGCACUUCAUAUUUGCUUUUGCUCAUUUAAUAGUGCAGACAAAUCAUUAAAAAAUUUUAGCACAUGUUUCUUGAAUCCUUCUUGAUUGAACAGCUCGGAUUGCGAUAUCAUCGCUUACAUGUGGGGAAUUGCAUACCCAGUAGCUCUUGUUGAUUUACCUUACUGUAAAGUUGACUAAUAUCAAGGUUUUGAACUCCUUAAGAAAAUACGUGACAUUGCUUUCUGUUGGUAGUUUGGGACGAUGCUUAUUACCUUUGGUACUGUCCUGUGUAUUUUCUGUCCAAGAGUUAUAAUUUAAUGCAGACUGCGGCAAUGUUAAAAUUGGUGCUUAGUACACCGCCAAUACCUGCAACAUUAUUUUUCGAGGUUGACUUCUAACUUCUCCAUAGAUGCUUGUUGCCCCCAACUCCAACUUCAAAUGGAGCAAUUGCCUGUAUCCGGAUCAUGCUCCACAGAUGCUUGCACCUUAGAGCAGGGAGAUCUCACCUUGUCCAGCGGUGGAUCUGCGCUUGCUCACAUGAUCUGUCUUCAUCUAAAUUAUGUUCCUUCAAGUGAGGCAACAGCUUCACCCAUGGAUCCUCGCUGUAACUUUCUCUUUGCUUCAUCCACCUUCCAUCCCAGCACAAUCAAAGUUCAUCACUUCAAACUCAGUCGCCUCAAGUUCAUCAAUGCCAAGCCCAUUAAGAGUAGGAAAUAGAGUGCCAAACCUCCCUUCUUCCUGGGGGACUUAACACAACCGAAACUGCUGUUAGAUAGUGCAAGUGUGUGGAAUAGGCGUACUUUACUCAAGAAUAGAUAUUAAAUGCAUUUCUAGCAAUAUAGGAAAUGCUUGUAUAAAGAUACUUAUUGACCUAUGGAUUAGCUUUCCUUU